AUGGAUCUUUCGCAUUUCCCGGGAACUUUGGGCCAGCUUCCUCUUGAGUUGGUAUGGUCAAUCCUCGAUCAACUUUUCUCUGGAACCCCUAAAGUUACAUAUAGUUCCCUUCGUGUUAUCCGCAAUCUCGCCCUCACUAGCACCAGUGCGGCUGCACACAUCGAGUCAUACAUGGCCAAUCAGUCCACACUUCAGCUCCUACGGAAUGCUGUUGAUGAUGCUAAAUGGCAUCCUUACGGCCGCGAUGAGACUAUUGAGCAUGAGGGAGAUAGGUCCUUUACAUACCUUGCUGACGCUAAAUCCGAUGAUUGCGAUGUCAUUACAGGUGCCAUUAUUGAUGAUUGUACGACCUGCUUCAAGUGGCUUCGAAAUGCCGUUCCCGUUUUAGAUGGCACGGGAGUUAAUAAGAAUGGAUGGACCUUCGUUGCCAUUGCCGGUAAUUUUCAAUCUUUGAAUAUGUUCAAGUACUUUGACACUCUUCAGUCCCCCAAUCGAUCUUGGAUUCAAAUUCUCACUCAGCCAGCUAAUAUUUAUCAAGAUAUUGCAACCGCUCUGGUGGUCAUGUCUCGCCAGCAUAAUGUGAAGUUCCUUCGAGCAGUAUUCACUAUCCUUGCCCCUCGACUCCGUGAGCUGGAUCACCCCAGUGCUCUUGAUGGUAGGCCAACCAAAGAGGAACAAUACCUCCUCUGUACGUUCCUUACCCCGGAGCUGGCUUUAGAAUUUGAGAAGGUCGAUAUGCCUCUUGACAAUGUAGAUGGUGCCUGGCCGGCACGCGGCAAUGCUUACCAUGCCGGAGCUACUAACGGUCCAGAAUUCCUCGAAUAUCUCCAUGGUAAAUCAUCUCUUGAAAAGAAUGCGCGUGACAGUGCCUUUGAAACCCCACUCCACUACGCGGUUCGUGCUAAUAGACUGGAUAGCGUUAUUUGGCUAAACGAACACGGUGCUCAUGAGGAUUAUAGUGAGUCAACGGAGAGCUCAGCAGCUCAAAUCGCGGCCCUUUCAACUACCGAAGAAAGCCUAGCAAUCCUGAAGGAGGUUCUUCCUCGACCUGGUCUGAAUGCGACUGGGUUCCUUAGUCCUGGCUCCAUGCUUGUGGCCUUGGUUGAGGGCUUUAAGAAUGCCACGGACGUCGAGGUUCCACGAGAUAUCACUCAGCUGAAGCGGCUACACGAAAGAAUUGUCAUCAAGAAGCUGGAGAUCCUAGUGGAGGCUUCAAUAAAUUGUCCUGAUAUUAUGUGCUCCACCGAACCAGAUCAUGGUAUUCCAACUUACAAAAUGGCUCUCACUCUUGCUAGAAAGGACGGGGUUGAUAAAGUGGCUACCCUCAUUGAGGAGGCGUCUAGAAAACGAGGAAUUGUGCCUGUUAUAGCUAGUAUGAAUAGCUAA